AUGGCUGAAGAAUUACUUGUGGUACUAAAUCGGAGUGAGAAUGCAGGCUUCGGGUUUUCUUUACUAGGGGAACCUGGUCUACCACCUAUUAUUUAUAAUAUACUAGACGACUCUCCAGCGGCCGAAAGUGGUGAGGUGGAGGUUGGAGAUGUAAUUUUAAAAGUUAACGAAACAGAUGUGAUACGAUUUAGUACGAAAGAAGUUCUCAAAUGCCUCCGUUUAUCAGCGGAUCCAGUCAUAUUGAAAAUCAAACGGGAUCCAAAAAUCAAAGCAAGUGUUCGAAAGCACCUUCUCUCAACUAGCGGCGAUAUCGAAAAAUCUUCAAAACUUCCAGCCGUUCAUACCGCAAACAUAACCUCAUUUUCUAACUUAAAUAGCAAAUCGGAAUCUGCAGCUUAUAAGACUCACAAUGCUGUGGUGCGACACGGCUCAGCAACAAACGGUAGCUGCUCCGAACGGGAACCACUACUGCACCAUCACGACGAAGUGCUGCGACCUUUGGAAAACGAACAACACGAAAGAUUGCAAUGGCAACCAUUGGCAGCGCACGGCAACGAGACCACGAACAAAUCGAAAACCCACGGUCAACCGAAAUUCGAGGCGUAUAUGAUGACGGGAGAGCACAUCUUGAACAUUUCGCGGAUGCCACAGACCACCGCUAUCGUACCUAAGCAACAAAAGAAGAUGGACAACCUGAGGUACCACAACAGCCACGCCCACCAUCUGAGGCAUCAACAGCACAAUUCAGUGCCGAACAGCCCCAACGAGUCCGAUCUGGGUCAUCGAGGCAGCAACGCUGGGAAAUCUGGUCCGAAUUCCGCAUCAACUUCCCCAAUCAGUGCCAACAAGAGGGAUCAGCACCAGCCCUCUCCUGCUGAUCCCUAUAACUUUGUGAGGACAAGUCGAUCAGAGGACCAAUUACAAGGUCAAAAUGACCUUUACAACGUCAGUGUUGCCAACUCGGAAGCCGACGAGGACGUCACGAGUUCCCUCAACACGUUGCUUGACACCCGACCGGACUCGGCUACAGCGAAUUGCAACAGCGACAGCGACCGAAUCGUGUGGACGUACAACGCUCCCAUUUCCGACCAACAGAAGUUCGCGCACGCGCUCUCGAACGGAAGCAGUUCGUCUCACAGCAACGUUUCGCCGACUUCCUCCAGCCCUCUUCAUUCUUCCGGUUCGCCUGCUUCACCCACUUCAGUGUCUUCCUCUGUGAUGUCCAGCCAUUCGGGAUCAAAACGAACGCCUUAUGGUCUCUCAAACGGACCCAUGGGACAGCUGCCGGGCGGCGGCGACUACAGUGUCUCCGAAGCAGUUUCGAACAUUUCGAGUCCCGAUUACCAUGAUGACGACAUUGUCGGUUUGCGUGAUUGCGUCAUGGAAAUCAGUGACCAUAGUGAUAGUGACAGUACUUUGUUAGUGUCCGAACCUCGUCAGAGGCACGUCAGAGUGCACAAUAGUAGUUCGACGGGUGGGAAUUCGGAUAGUAGUGAUCAUCGCAUUGUGAUACAAGUGAAAGGACCCGACAAAGAUAGAAACAGACAGAGUGAUAGUAUGUCUACGUUGCGAGGAGAUAAUGAUGGAUAUCAGAUGUCUAACGAUAUGGUGCAAGAAUUCGAGCACGAAGAAGACGGCUUCCGGGAGAUCACGAACAAAUCUUCGCCGUUGUCUUCUGAGGACGAAAGCGACGUUGAGAGUCUUCAUAGUUUCCACUACUCGCCGAAGGCAGUUGACAUGCCCUCUGCCAUCAGGCUCGCGAAGAGGUUGUACAGUCUGGACGGGUUUAAAAAGUCCGAUGUUUCCAGACAUCUUAGUAAAAAUAAUGAUUUUAGUCGAGCUGUGGCAGAAGAAUACCUGAAAUACUUCGACUUUGAAAGAGAUACCUUAGAUAUAGCGUUAAGAAAGUUCCUGAAGCAAUUCUCUCUCACCGGCGAGACUCAAGAGAGAGAACGAGUACUAGUUCAUUUUUCCAAGAGAUAUUUAGACUGCAAUCCCGGAUCUUUCAAUUCUCAAGAUGCCGUUCACACUUUAACCUGUGCCAUUAUGUUGCUCAACACAGAUAUACAUGGCCAAAACGUAGGAAGAAAAAUGACUUGUAACGAAUUUAUCGAAAACUUGGCAGGACUAAACGAAUGCGAGAACUUUCCGAGGGAUGUCCUCAAACAGCUGUAUCAUGCGAUUAAGAAUUAUCCUCUGGAAUGGGCGCUGGACGAAGAAAGCGAAGACAGAAACACCGUACAGGUACAACCGAGGAACACGGAAAGCAUGAAUCUCAGCGGCAAUCCGUUCCUGGAGGUACCCAUCGCAGCCAAUGCCGUGGAAUACAAGAAGGGUUACGUUAUGAGGAAGUGCUGCUACGAAGCUAAUGCCAAAAGAACACCCUUUCACAAGCGUAGUUGGAAGAUGUUCUAUUGCACCCUCCGAGACCUGGUGUUGUACCUCCACAAGGACGAGAAUGGAUUCAGGAAGAACCAAAUGGGCGACAAUCUUCACAACGCGAUCAGGAUACAUCACGCGCUGGCGACCAAGGCUUCGGACUACACCAAGAAACAGUACGUGUUUCGGCUGCAGACUGCCGAUCAAGCGGAGUAUCUGUUUCAAACGAGUGAUUCAAAGGAAUUGCAAUCUUGGAUAGACACGAUCAAUUUUGUGUGUGCCAGUUUUUCGGCGCCGCCUUUAGAAGCAGCAGUAGGAUCUCAGAAGAAAUUCCAGAGACCGUUACUACCGUGUAGUCAUACUAAAUUAACAUUGAGAGAGCAAUUAGCAGAUCAUGAGGAGAGAGUAAUGAGACUGGGAGCUAUGUUGGACGAUCACCGGAGAUCUCCGCCGGAGAAAGGAUCGAAAUCGCAAGUCAUUCAAAACUACAAAGAAAAGGAAGCUUACUUAACUUAUGAACUGAAGCGGUACAAAACUUAUAGCCUCAUGUUACGUUCCAAAAUGUCACAUUACCCGGAGCUGACGAUCAACUUGGUGGAGCACUCCAUCGGCGAAGUGGACGAAUCGUUGGCGGGAGCGACCGGACCGUCGGUGUGUUUGCUGGACAACACGGAGGGCGGCGUUGUAGCGCCGCCUCUGCCCGAUCGGCCGUCUCCCACUGUCAAUAGGGAUAGGGACGAUCCCGAAUAGGAAGUCUUAGGAGUCGCUGACCGAAAACCACUCUUAGAGACGCGACGACAAGUCGGUAUGCGCCUGUCCAGUGCAAUAGGAGACAGACAAACAAAUUUUAAGAGUUUUUAAAAAACUCCUCUUCAUCCCGAUGUGUGUCAAAGAAGUUAAAUUUAUCGUUUAAUUCUAGUGUGCGGAAUUGUCCGUGUAGGAUGGCAAACUUUGGUUAAUUAGUCAGAAACGUAAACUUGAAUAUUAAAAAAGUAAAUAUAUACAUAUUUACAAUGGUAAUAUUUUGCAAAAUUCGAUGAGAUAUAUUGUCCUCUCUCGGUGUAAAGUUAUGUACUACAAUUUUUACGUUUACGACCGUUUAAAUGGUUGUACAAUAUUAAAGUGCAACAUAACCAAAAAAUAAGUUUAUAUAAAUAAAAAAUUACCAAGCCGGUCCUGUUUAAUUUCAUAACGAAGCUGUAGCACUCAACCAAUCAGAAAGAUGAUCGGUUAUGUUUCACACUUUCGGUAUAAUUUGAAACAGGACCGGAUUGACGUUUUUUGUGGACCGAUUGUGGGCAAAAAUAGAUCAUACAAGAAUGAAUCUUUUAUAUUUUUAUUAAUAUUGUGUAACUACUUCAAAUAAUCUCCACAAAAUACAUUGUCGAUAAGUGACAAUAAAACUAUUAGAAGAUGAUCACACUUUAAAAAUCUGCUGUUGAGACUAUUACAACUAUUUUUUAAAAUAUACACUGAAACAAAAUGUUUGUUUGGUCAAAUCUAUCACUUAGUUAAAAGUGUUUGUUAUUAUUGUCCAUCAAAGUUUGCGCUUAUUUAUCUUCUGAGUGUAACUUUUGUGAGAAAUUACGGUAAUAUAAUACAGAGAAGUAAGUUUUUUUCGGGAUUUUGAAUAUCUUGUUAAGGGCAAGUAAAAAUUCGAAUUAUUAACACGUUGCCUGUCGCCUCGGUCUAUGUGACCGAGAAAAAUUGCUCUGCACGCCAGUGAGGUCUAUUUAACCGAGAAUUUUAACGUGACUGUAGUGCCGUCAGACAGAUAUUACAGGCUAUAUAAAGGUACCUCUGCGCACCGUGUCGUGAGCGGUAAUUUUUUCGACCAUAUAGCAGAAAUGACAUUGGCGUGAACGGAAAGUAUUACAAAUUCCUCCAAGGCAGACAACGUGUUAAUAGCUAAAAUUAAUUCUCUGCAAAAACAAUAGGUUUUCUUUAUAUAGGUAUAUAUUAACUAAAAUAAUUGCUGAAUAUCUGGAUUCUGUCUCAAAAAUGGCCUUUUUUUACUCUUGUCCAUGAACUAAUAUACAUUUAAGUGAUUAUACCGACAAAAACGUACUCUCUUCCUUCAUCAAUUUGAAUUUCACGCUUCUUGGAGUUCUUUAACCUCUUUAUUCUUUUUUCUCUCACGCAUUUUCCACGUUUUCUUGCAGACAGCAUUUUAGUAUAUUAUUUAUAUUUGGUUUCAUUCGUCAGUAUAAAAAUGUCAACAUUUUUUUGGUAAUUUAAUUUUUGUAGUACUCUGGCAUUUGAUAUUUCGUCUAAUUGUUGCCCCAGUUAUCGCUGUUGCUUCAGCUAAGUCUUAAAACUAUACACUCUAAAUAAGACGGGCAUAUAUAUUUUGACCAAUAACUUGCACAUUUAGAUGAAUAUUGGAUGAACUUGUUCUUCAAUUCUGACUUUUUUCGUGGCAAUGGUUCCACUGUUAAUUUGAUAGUGUGCUAGUGUCUGACCUUCUCAGCCUCUUUUUAUCGGGGUGUUUGAUAUGUUUUUUCCGUGGUCCUGGUUUAGGUAUUUCAAGUUCUACUUCAGAUUCACUGUCACUGUCACUAGAUUGAGACUGGUAUGUAGAAUCUGCAUCUGAAUCGUCUGAAAAAAUAAGACAUGCGCUAGUUUUAUCUGAUAAUAAUCUGAUUCAUAGCCUUUAUAAACACAAACUAUGGGCUUUACAGAAUUUUCACUUACCGCUAAAGAGACUCCUGUUCCUCUUCAUGUACAAUACUUGCGAUGUCCAUUUCGAUUAAGUUAGCAAAACUUAGGUUACUUUACUUUUAAAUCUGCCAACUAUUGUAGAAUAAUAUGGGUAAAAUUUGAAUUAAAAGAUACGACAGCAACAGUGUCGACAAGCGUGUACAACAUUCAACAACAAACAACUCUGAUGACAGUCAGUUGGAGGUCAAGGGGUACAAGUGGCGCUUGUACCUCUUAGCUUCUCAGGAAAUCAGCUGGUAUUUGAGGUAGUACUUAUACUAUCCGCUAGAUUGCAGCACUGUACAGUGAUACGCUUGUAUCCCUUUGGCACAACAAUUUUUGACUCCAUAGCAACUACUUAGAGGACUUAACUACAUUUUGUUUAAAAUUGCACUUGUACGACUUGGCUUCUGGGCUCCUCAAGUUAUGUGUUUAUGGAUUUUAAUAAAUACUGAAUGUAAGAGGUGACUUCAAUACAAUCUGAUUGAUUUCUGUAUACGAUUUGGAAUAUUCGCUAUUCUUUAAUAUUACCUUUCAAGAGUUCCAUGGUUACUUGGAGCGAAUAGGAACUUUUGAUAAAUUUAUAAUGCAGAUGUUUACAACAAUUGAUGUUGCAGCAAAGGUUAAAAUAUCAUUUUCUUACUGAAUUUCUUUUCUAAAACCGUUCUACUAUUAUUUUACUAUUAGAAAAUUUGUUAAUUAAAUACAGAUAUAUAGAAAAAUCUAUGAUGGUUAAUUUACGUACCUACUACAUUCAAUAUAUCGAAAAUAUGUAAGUAGGCGUUAAAGUUAACAUCGAGUUAGUUAAUUGUGGAAUUAAAGUACUUUGUAAAAUCUCCCACAUUUUACACUGCAUGUUUGGAUGAAUAAAAUACUAAUUUUAGCGAUUUUUGCAGCAACAGAAGCGUACCGUACAUUAUACGUAGAUUUUCUUCUAGUACUUCGGUACAAUUUUUAAGAAUAUAUAAAAUUUUUAAACAUAAAGUAGCAGAUGCUACAUAUAACAAAAUGGACAUAUCAUAGCUGUAGGAUGAUUUUAUUCGCUAUAUGGAUUCCUGUUUUAAGGCUAAAUUUUAGCGGGUUUCGCAGAAUAUCUACUAGUAGACAGUCAUUACUAACAGUUUAAAUUAUAGAUCUACUAACUCUUUUAUUUUUAAACCUACCCAAUAAGAACCGGUUACUUUUUUUGAAAACUCCGUUUUUUUUUUGGAAAAUCAGGAUAUAUGAAAUAAUAAUGGACCGCCGGAGUUAUGACGUAGAUUUGAUUGACAUCUGUCAGUUUCACUUUCCAAACAAACGUUGUUUAGUGUGGAUAAUUUGUAUUUUUCGUUAUUUUUUAAUUUUUUUUACAUAAUCUUUCCGUUUUUUUGCAAUAUUUAAGUAUUCUAAUAGUUACUACAACAAUUUUACAAGGUUGUGUAAAUAAUAAAGCAUGUUUUUUUUUUAUAAAAAUAGCAAUAAAAUGAAUGCAUCAAUAAAGUAAGGUUAGACUUUCUUUAAUGUAUACUUUUAAACUAUAUUUCAUAGAAAUAGAACACUGAAUUGUGAUGGUAUUAUCGUAAAAAACACUAUACUUAAAAGAAAAAGUAGCAGAGGAAGCAAAAUGGUAACUUUAUAGAAAUUAAAAACUCUUGAAAUUUGACAUUUCAACUUUUGUUUGGAAAGUUAUGACAGAUGUGACGUCACACUCCUGCUGUCAAUGUCAAAAUUACCUGUCACCUAUCAAAAUGUGUCAAAAUUAACUGAUAUUUUGAUUUCGAACGUCUCAAAUUUAAAUAAAUAAGCCAUAUCAAACUAUUUUUGAUAGAUGUCAAAAUUUUCUGUUUUUCUCAAGAAGGUUUCGAAUAAUAUUAAUGAUAAUUAUAACAAAGCUACAGUUUGAUCUAACUGUAAAACUUUCUUGAUUUACAAACGCCUGAUACAAAUGAUUCAGAUGUAUUUUUAUAUAGGUACAUUUCAGUUAAAGGAAAAUAAAUGUGAUUCCAAAGUUUCUGAUACUUGUGCUGUCAAGCUUUCCACAUCUGUAGUUUAAUUUUUUCUUAUUUUUAAUAUUUAUUUCCGCAAUCUUAGUCUUUUAAUGCUUCCUUGUCUUAUAUCAUAUUUUUAUCAUCCCAGUAGCCUCUUGGGCUACCGUUCAUUUUUAUCAAUGUUUCGCAUUUCCAUACUUACACAAUUUUUGCCGUUUCAAAUAUGUCAUAUUAUUUGUCAUAUGUCAACAGUUCAUUUUGGAUGUCAACUUAUUCAUUUCUGCAAUAUUGUCUAUAUUCCUUAUCAACUAGCAGAUCUCAUGGUUGUUUAUAAUUCGCAGAUAUUUAUUUGUAAAUAUCUGACAAGAACCUCACAUUCUUCUUCUCCGGGUCGAUAAAGUUGGCAACCGUGCUCUCUAAGUUUUUAAUUUCUUACAGUUGCAGUUGCUAUUUCCUGUUGUAUGUUUGAUAAAAAACUUUUUGUUUAGUUUUUAUAUUUUUUUUAUUUAAAAAUUGGCGGAAAAACCGAAUUAACUUACAGUAGUCUGCGUUUUUAACUAUACCAAAGAUUUGGUAUAAAAGUAUUAUACAUAGACAUAAUGUUACAGUUUGCUGUCCUACAUGUUCAUUUUCGCAAUACUAAAUAAUCAUUAUAAAUCGAUUUUAAGAAGAAAAAAAGACAUAACACAUUGCCAAAGAGAUUUGUAUUUAAAAAAUUGAAAAUAUUAUGGUAUUAUGUCAUUUUAGCAUUUAUAUCUUUUUUGCUUAUUGUUUUUACCUGAUAAUUGACGUAUUAGGGCUUUUUGCUGAUUUUAUAUAAAUAUGUAUAUUGUAGCUUAACUGUACAUUUUUAUUUUAAAUAUACUAUCCUGUU